GCUUCGGAGCCUUAGAAGCUGCAAGCUUUUUACUCUCUCUCUCUCUGCCUGUCUAGCUCUAAACCCCACCUUCUUCUAUCCUAGUUGGCCUAGACGGAGAAAACACAAACGCACUGCACUUUCUCUUUCUAGAAAAUUUAUAAUGGCAAGCAAUUUCAGUCCUUUUCUCUCUCCACCAGCAAAACGCCCCUUAUAUUACUCCGACAUCUUGCCCGGCCCGAACCCGAAUUCCACAAACGGAUACUCCGCAAACAAACGCUCUAAACCCCACCCCUCUGCUUCAGCUGCUCCGUCACCAGUCCCGUCGGGGCACGUUUUGUUCCGUCUACUCUGUCACGAGUCAAGAAUUGGUGGCAUUAUAGGAAAGGGCGGCAACGUAAUAAAAGGCUUGCAACAACAAACCGGAGCUAAGAUCCGGAUAGAAGAUGCUCCACUCGAAUCACCGGAUCGGGUGAUAACGAUAGUUGGUUCAGUUACGCAAUCGUCGGUGGUAUUUAGUGGAAUUGAGAGUGCAAUCGAGGUUUCCAAGGGGCAGGAGGCGUUGGUGAGGGUUUUUGAGAGGAUAUUAGAUGUGGCGGGGGAGAGUGAUUUGGUGGCGGGUGGGUUGGUUUCUUGCAGGUUGUUGGCGGAGAUGAGUUCGGUUGGGGCGGUUAUUGGGAAAGGAGGAAAAACAGUGGAGAAGAUUAGGAAAGAUUGUGGGUGUAAAGUUAAGGUUUUGAUUGAUAAAUUGCCUGCUUGUGCUUCUUCUAAUGAAGAGAUGAUUGAGAUUGAAGGGGAUGUUUCAGCUGUAAAGAAAGGACUUGUCGCGGUUUCUCACCGCCUUCAAGAUUCUCAACCGGUUGAUAAAACAAGGGUGAUUAGCAGCAAACCUGUUGAGGCAGUUUCCAGAGUCUCUUGUCCUGAAGUGGGUGUAGAAAUUCUUCCACAGCAUUCUGCAGUGCGACCCACCAUAGCACAACAUUCCGUAGCGCCACCCACUGUAGCAAAUAGCUCCAUUGAUUAUGCUUCAGGAACUCAUCUUUUUUCGUUCGAGUCCGAGAGGGUCAGCACUCUGGACACAAGUACACCACAACAGCAAGUGGUUUUUAGAAUUCUGUGUAAUAAUGAUAGGGUUGGGGGUGUUAUUGGAAAAGGUGGCAACAUAGUCACGGCUCUUCAGAAUGAGACAGGUGCUACUAUAAGCAUUGAACCUAAGGUGGCUGGGUGUGAUGAGCGACUAAUCACUGUUACUGCAUCUGAGAACCCAGAGUCUCGGUACUCAGCUGCACAGAAGACUGUUGUGCUUGUUUUCUCGAGGGUUGUGGAGUCCGUCAUUGAAAAGGGUCUGGAUCCAGGCUCAAGCGAGGGGUCCCAUGUUAGUGUGAGGCUCGUGGUUUCCCCAAACCAAGUUGGCUGUUUGUUGGGAAAAGGAGGCACGAUAAUUUCAGAAAUGCGGAAGGCAACCAGUACCAGCAUACGAAUAAUAGGGCGUGACCAGGGUAACCCUAAGUGUGUGCCAGAGAAUGAUCACGUGGUAGAGAUUUUGGGAGAUUUUUUGAAUGUGAAAGAUUCAAUAUACCACAUUACUGGAAGACUCAGAGAUAAUCUUUUCUCUAGCAUUCUGGGCACUCCUGGAGCAAGGCUCAGUUCUUCUGUAUUAGCUGAGACCAGCCCCUAUUUGAGAUUGAUGGACCCAGUGAGGGAUGCCAAGAGGGAUUCACUGAGGGAUCCAUUGUGGGAGCCACUGAGGGAUAUUAUGAGGGAUCCAUUGAGAGACCCACUGAGGGAUUUUAUGAGGGAUCCAUUGAGAGACCCUCUGAGGGAUGAAUUUAGGGAUUCGUUGAGGGAAACUGUGAGGGAUCCUUUGAGGGAACCAAUUAGGGAUCCUUUGAGGGGACCUGGGAGGGGUCCAUUGAGGGAGGUGGGGAGGGAUUCUGCCUCUUUUUUGCAGCCAAUGGGGGGUAUUUCUCAUAAUCUAAAUCGCCAAACUGUUAUAACACAGAGUAUGGAUCAUCUUGGAUUUUCACGUACUUUAGAUCAUUCUCCUUCACCAAGGUUAUGGGGAUCACAGACAAUACCUGGAGUAAAUCCACGGGGCAUAUCAGAUCUCAGUGGAGGAUUGCCUUCUUUUAAAGCUGGCCUAGAUGAUCUUGUCAGUGGAGGUAAGUCUGCUUUUGUUACGAAUACAACUGUGGAGAUUGUAAUACCUGAGCUGUAAUUAUGAAACAAGCAGGAAUCAUAGAUUAGUUGAACUCUGAUAUGUAUCACUUUGUAAUAUUGAGUAUAUGACAGUUUUAUUUAAUCUUCUCCUUGUCCUGUCACCCUCUAAAUCCAAUAGCUAUGCUUUCGAAUAUUGAGCAUGGUACUGCUACAGUAAUCUUGAAAUGCAUCAGCAACAGAGCAUUUUCCAGGUGCUCGACUAGUUCAGAAUGUUCGAAAAUCAGAUUCGAAACAUCCUAGAUCUUCAAAACUAAAAAGGCAAUAAAAUUUGAAUAGCCAAAGAGUCGCUAGCACAUCAACCCCAGUGACAAUCAACGAGAUAAAAACAUCAUGUUAUUUAAGGAGAAAACCUGCUUCUGGCAUGACAUGGGAUCCCUCAAAGGACUCGAGUAGCUAAAAAUAGACCCAGGAUUGUUAAGAAAGCUGUUCUUGUUCAGAAAUGCUAAAGUUACUCGUAGUCUUGAAGUGGUAGAGAGGUGAGAGACACUAGAUCUAAAGAAAUUUGCAGAAACUGAAAACUGUUCGAUGUGUUAGCUGCCUGUAACCGUUGUUCAAGGACCAGAGAACUCUGUAUUGUGGGCUCCUUCAAAAAUAAUCUUCAAAGGGCAUAAACUUACCCACCAAACCGUUGACCUUCACAUCCUGCAACUUGUACAUAUAUGAUAAUGGAACAGAAGAGCCAACGUGGAAGGAAGAA